CUGCCUCUCUGUCUCUGACACACUCGAACACACGCACACAUAUAUACACGCCCUCCACCCCCAUCGCUGCAGUGUCUCAACUGCCUUGGAGCAAACAAGAGAGGAUAUAGAACACAGACGCUAAUAAGACAGCGAAAGAGGGGCGCUGAAAGAGAGACAGAGAGAGAGAGAGAGAGAGAAAGAGAGAGAGAGAGAAGAGAGAGAGAGAGAGAUGUAUGUGAGUGUGUGACUGUGAAUAUGAGGAAGACAUGAAGAUGAAGCAGCAGGACUAAAGGUGGAUUGCACAGAGCCUUUCUCUCCCUGCAAGGGCUUGUCUGCAGUAUCCUUUGUAAAUGGAUGCUGGCUUGUGAACACGACUCGGAGGCAUUCAGUUGAUGGGGAGAUAUCGCAACACAGAAGAAGCAGAAACGAUUUUAUCAAGAAGAUCAAGAAGAUCAAGCAAAACGUGCCAAAUAUCGAACUGAGGUGGUUGGUUGCAAGAGCAAAAACAAGUGCAACGCACCACAAGAGCCAUGUGGGAGGAGAGUGAGGGUGUUUUGCUAUUCGCACGGACCAAGCCCAAACACUUUCUCUACUGACAUACACUGAACGUUCCCCAGCCUUCCUCCAGAGCUUUUCCUCAGGGGGAGCCCCUGCUAUGAACCCCAGCUCCCUUGGCUUCAGCAGGCAGUCCAACCUCAGUGCCAGGCGCUGUGUGGGCAUCCCACAAGUCUGGGUUCUGCCCACACAGGACUCAGAGACUGCACCUGAACAAAAAGAAUGAAAUACUCCUGAGUCACUCCUCUGUGUGGUGACUCUCCUGUCUACUGUUAAAUUGUUGUAAAAGUUGACUGCCUCUUCCCCAGCAAAUUUCUGCUUUUAGCAAAAACCCUGUCCAGCGCCUCCACCAAGUCCUUUUCGGUCACCACUUCGUUAUAAAUUGCUUUACCACCAAGCAGCAGCACGAGUUCCUUUGUGCUUACCACGUGGUGGAGGACCAUGGGAUGCCGUCAGAGCUCGGAGGAGAAGGAAGCGGCACGGCGCUCGCGGCGAAUCGACCGCCAUUUGCGGUCAGAGAGUCAGCGGCAGCGGCGUGAGAUUAAGCUACUGUUGCUUGGCACCAGCAACUCGGGCAAGAGCACCAUAGUCAAACAGAUGAAGAUCAUCCACAGUGGAGGCUUCAAUCUGGAGGCCUGCAAGGAGUACAAGCCUCUCAUCCUGUACAAUGCCAUCGACUCGCUCACCCGCAUCAUCCGUGCCCUCACCACCCUCAAGAUCGACUUUCACAAUGCUGAUCGCGCCUACGACGCUGUGCAGCUUUUUGCCCUCACAGGGCCGGCUGAGAGCAAGGGGGAGAUCACUCCAGAGCUGCUGGGGGUCAUGAAACGUCUAUGGGCUGACUCAGGGGUCCAGGAGUGCUUUCAACGAUCCAAUGAGUACCACUUAGAGGACAACACUGCCUACUACCUGAAUGACCUGGAUCGCAUCUCUUCAGCCGAGUAUAUCCCGACUGUAGAGGACAUCCUGCGAUCCCGCGACAUGACCACUGGCAUUGUGGAGAACAAGUUCACCUUCAAGGAGCUCACCUUCAAGAUGGUAGAUGUGGGUGGACAGCGUUCAGAGAGAAAGAAGUGGAUCCACUGCUUCGAGGGCGUGACUGCAAUCAUUUUCUGUGUCGAGCUAAGUGGCUAUGACCUCAAACUCUACGAGGACAACCAGACGAGCCGCAUGGCCGAGAGCUUGCGUCUGUUUGACUCCAUCUGCAACAACAACUGGUUCACCAACACGUCGCUCAUCCUCUUCCUCAACAAGAAGGACCUGUUGGCUGAGAAGAUCAAACGCAUUCCUCUGACAGUGUGCUUCCCUGACUACAAAGGUCAGAACACCUAUGAGGAGGCAGCUGUCUAUGUGCAACGGCAGUUUGAGGACCUCAACCGCAACAAGGAGACCAAGGAGAUCUAUUCGCACUUCACCUGUGCCACUGACACCAGCAACAUCCAGUUUGUGUUCGACGCUGUCACGGACGUGAUCAUCCAGAACAAUCUCAAGUACAUUGGGCUGUGCUAGGACCUGAGGCUGGGUGGGAUGGGGGUUGGGGAGGGUGAAGCGGGCUGCUUUGGCAGCAGUUGGCCCGCCAUCAGGCUGGAUAAACGAAAGGCAUGUCAGUCUGCCUGACGGUUUAUCUCUUUGAAGAGGUGCAACAGAGAACUGAAAAAUGUAAGAGACGGUCAGAGAUGGACGAUACUGUAGAUUCAAGUGUUUCGGUUGAAACAACAAAGCUGAUGGGCCGUGGUCAAGAUGGGAUUUUUACCCAAUGUGUUUGCACUGAAUAUGAGUAUGCAGAGACACCCAAACACACACACACACUUACACACACACACACACACACACAACCUUAUGUUUGCUCACACACAAGAUCCUUGGAUCAACAGUCAAGCACUUGUUUGACGAGGCAACACUGGAAAUUUUAGACAGCUACCCCUACCUGCCUGCCAAACCUGAGGUAGUAGGUCUGUACUGGUGGUGUUCGGUUACGUUUGUCUACUUUAUUUUAUUUGCCAGAGUCAAUUAAUGCUGCUUUACGAGAAGAAUUUUGACAGAAUCAAUGUUCUCUUUUGGAUUUUCACCCUAACAAUGGUAACCAGUGAGUGCACCUGAUGAGACGUGUUUGUGAGGAAAAAAAAAAAAAAAUGUCAGUAAGACAUGAUGUCACAGGGUUUCUGCCUAAAAGAGGAAACUGCCACAGUGUAAAGCUGAAGUGAAAUACAUUUUCUACACACUGUUUCUGUUCUGCCCCCUGGUCUCUAAUGUUGUUCUCCCCCCACCUCUUUCUUUUUAUCUUUUUUUGUGCUUUAAAAAAAACAAAAAACAGAAUAUGUCUCGCAAACCUGCCUUUUACAGCAGGUCACUGACUUAUAAUACCAGGAGAGUGUUACGCUCCGUAGAGUCAAAAGUAUUCUUUAUGAUCAUUCCAGUUUCCAGCAAGAGACAACAAAAACAGUGCCAAGAUCAAUUUGUAAAUAAAACCAGAUCCCAUUCAUAACGUUCAUUUUUUGUUUUGUUUUGUUCUUAUGGACAAAUACAUUAAAACAUGCAUGAUUUUGUUACUUUGGGAUACUAAUAUAUUUUCCUUGGGAUUCUGUUCCUCUUUUCUUAGGUUUAAAUAAUAUAUUCCCAAAAAUAUAUAUAAAAGUCAAACACUGUGUACGAUUGUACAGUUGUCAGAGAGGAAUCUAUUGAAAAAGAGUUAUAUCAAUAUAAUAACGGUGAUUAUGAUGUUAUGACGCUGAUGAUGAUGAUCAUAAUGGUGGUGAAGAGCUCAAUGAUGACAAGGAAAAUCUCACUACAAAGUUAGCAUGAGAGGAGAAAAGUGGGUCAAAGGAGAACAAGACUGUAGAAAACAAUGAAAACAUUCAAUCUUCCUUGCAUUAUCUAAGUGGAAAUUGUUAAACAGCCAGUCAGUAUGAUGUGUAAAUAUACUGUAAGGUACACUCUUUGUUCAAACAAAUGAAAAUAAAGGUUGAGUUGGGAUACAGAGUGAGAUAAAGAGAGAGCGAGAGAAAGAGAAGGAGGAAAAGCCCACUCCACUCCUCCUCUUACCCUUUCUUUUCAGUUCAGAGGGUGAUGUGCAACAACUCAGCUAAGGGCUUCAGGCUUAACUUUACGGGAUGUCCACCUCAACAAAAGACAAAACAAUUUAAAAAAGAAAUAUAAAAAGGACAAUAACUAUGAAUAAAAACAACUUAUGCAAAUUUCCAUGGUGUAGUAAAUGUGUUUUUGGGUGGUGGUUGUGUCAAAAGUGCUUUUAAAUGUGUUUGGGAGGGUAAUUUUUCAUAGAUGGCGGCCCUCCGUGCCACAUUUAUUCUUUCAUAAUCGCACCGCUUUAAAUGAUUUGCAGCGCGGAAUAGAACACGCUGUCCGAAAUCCUUGUUUCCAUCCUCCGUGUCCAAAAAUCAUGACAUAAAAAGUGUUUGUCCUCGCCAUACAAUGUAGCCGCUGGGGCGUGAAUAAUUCACACAUAAAGUAUGCAAUUAAAUUACUCCUGAAUGAACUUGGCCUAUGUGUGAUGGGGUGACAGCGUACAGUGUCAUACAGAUUCCACUCUAAUUAGUGUAUAAACCCCGGCUGACCCAACGUGUCUGCUGACGGGUCUGUGAUGGCCCCCCGUAUAAAAGUUUAGCCAUUAUUAGUUUUUAAAGAGUUAAAUAUCGCAUGUGGCAAAUAAAUUUGGUUUUACUGAAUGCAAUAUUUAUGCAGUGAGGUUUUGGCAAACCUCAACCACUGCAUAUAAAAACUGAGACAUGAUGAGUGUUUUCUGGAAGACAAGAAAUGAGACAAUGUCUGUGAUGAAACAGGAUGAUGCUUCUACCAUGCAGGCCAUCCUGUUACUUUUCUGUAACGCUCCUGUGGUAUGAAUAUUUUUCAUAUUUAAACAUUGUUUAAAUAUUGAUGAGGCUUUCAGUACAUCAGACUGGGGACCAUACAUAAAACAUUACAGUACUGUGUG